AUUUUUUUGUAGGCUAAAAAAUGUGCAGCUCACUAUCUCAGUCUAGAACCUCCCUCCAUAGCAAUAAUAUCUUCUACACUUCUUCUCCAUGGAUGACAACGAGUGGGAGUCAGUUCACCCAUCAAGCUCUGACGAAGACGAUGGCGACACGGUGGUCGUACUCACCAAUUCCACCAAUCCCCCAGUUUCUCCCCCAACCACCCACCACAACUCACCCGUUUUCCCCCAACACCCACAAGACACCCACCUACAACAACCACCACCGUCACCACCAUCAUCUCACUCUUCUUCAACAACCCCAUACGGUACCGAGAUAGUGGAAACUGAGUCGACUCAGCCACCGGAAGUGACAGAUAAGACGUUGUUUAAGGCGGGUUAUGGGGUUUUGAGCUCAUGGGUUUUGAGGAUUGGGUAUGGGGUUCGGAGUAGAAUUGGGUUUUGGUCGGUUGUUUCGGUGGGUGUGGUUGCGGCGGUGGUGGCGUAUGCUAGGCGGUGGCAGCGGUGGCAGAGGUUGGCGGAGAGAGAUUACAGGGAGAAGUUGUUGGUUCUGUUGAAGCAGAAAGAUGAGAAAAUAAAACAACUUCUGCUCCAAAUAGAGCGAAUGAAUGAAGCCCUGUCAGUUCGGCGAAGGGUUCCAGUGAUUCGGGUUGUGGUUGAUAGCCCAGUGGUGAUCGGUCCAAGGUUAAACUGACUGCCAACCUGGCACUCGCCUAGUCGCCUGUAAGUUGCAAGUCCCUGGUUGCGGAAAUAUAGCAAGGUUAAGAGUUGGACCAUAUUUUAGCUCGUGCAUAUUGAAUGUUCGGUUCAUGAACCAUGUAAUAAUCUAUAUGUUAUGCAUUCGGGCAUAUGUAUAUUGUUCCAAUAGAUGCGUCGAAUUCUAUCCGUAUAUAUGUAUUCAUACUGUGAGAUACGCGUCUUUUUGAGUGUAUAAACCUAAAUUUGUAUUUUUGUUUUGUGA